GCCCCAUGGCCGCCUCGGCGCCGCCCCCACCGGACAAGCUGGAGGGAGGUGGGGGCCCCGCACCGCCCCCUGCGCCGCCCGGCACCGGGAGGAAGCAGGGCAAGGCCGGUCUGCAGAUGAAGAGCCCCGAAAAGAAGCGAAGGAAGUCCAAUACUCAGGGCCCUGCGUACUCGCACCUGACCGAGUUUGCACCACCCCCGACUCCCAUGGUGGAUCACCUGGUUGCAUCCAACCCUUUUGAAGAUGACUUCGGAGCCCCUAAGGUGGGGGGCGCAGCCCCUCCAUUCCUUGGCAGUCCUGUCCCCUUUGGGGGCUUCCGCGUACAGGGGGGCAUGGCAGGCCAGGUACCCCCAGGCUACGGCACUGGGGGUGGAGGGGGUCCUCAGCCACUUCGUCGCCAACCUCCUCCUUUCCCUCCCAAUCCUAUGGGCCCUGCUUUCAACAUGCCCCCCCAGGGCCCUGGCUACCCCCCCCCAGGCAACAUGAACUUUCCUAGCCAACCCUUCAACCAGCCUCUGGGUCAAAACUUCAGCCCUCCUGGUGGGCAGAUGAUGCCAGGCCCCGUGGGAGGAUUUGGCCCCAUGAUCUCACCCACCAUGGGACAACCUCCCAGAGGGGAGCUGGGCCCCGCUUCUCUCCCCCAACGCUUUGCCCAGCCAGGGGCACCUUUUGGCCCUUCACCUCUCCAGAGACCUGGUCCGGGGCUCCCCAGCCUGCCCCCCAACACAAGUCCCUUCCCUGGGCCGGACCCUGGAUUUCCGGGCCCUGGCGGUGAGGACGGGGGAAAGCCCUUGAAUCCCCCUGCCUCCACUGCUUUUCCCCCCGAGCCUCACUCGGGCUCCCCAGCUGCCGCUGUUAACGGGAACCAGCCCAGUUUCCCCCCAAACAGCAGCGGGCGAGGUGGGGGGACUCCGGAUGCCAACAGCCUGGCACCCCCCAGCAAAGCGGGUGGGGGCUCGGGGCCUCAGCCCCCUCCGGGCCUGGUGUACCCUUGUGGCGCCUGUCGCAGCGAGGUGAAUGACGACCAGGACGCCAUCCUGUGCGAGGCCUCCUGCCAGAAGUGGUUCCACCGCGAGUGCACGGGCAUGACGGAGAGCGCGUACGGGCUGCUGACCACCGAGGCCUCCGCCGUCUGGGCCUGCGACCUGUGCCUCAAGACCAAGGAGGUCCAGUCCGUGUACAUCCGUGAGGGCGUGGGGCAGCUGGUGGCUGCCAACGAUGGCUGAUGCGGGGGAGGGCGAGGGUUCCCGAGUCUGGCUCUUGCUCCCCGUCCCCACGGGGCAGACACACAGUGGCCCCUGAGGGCAGAGAAGGACCUGAGGUCGGGCCGGCAGAAGAACCUGGGUUGCUCCUCUGGAAACUCACCCGUGCACGCGGAGAUCUGCAGAGGUCCAGGAAGCCAGAUCCCCGCCAGCGCUGCGGGGGCUCUGGCCCCGAAGGCCCAGGGGUAGGGCUUCGAGAGAGAGGAGGCUGGGGGGGGUCCCAGGGCAGGGGUCUGCUCCUGCGGAUGGCGGCCGCCCCGGCAUCUGUGCCUCACACCCCGGCCAGCACCACAGCCGCAGCCUUAGUUUUUGAAGUGACGCGUUGGAGGUUUCUGGCCAGAGGAGUCAGGGUCCCAUCCCUGCGGCAGCGCCUUCGCGGGCUUCAGGAGACAGCUUUAGGUGAUAACUGGGCAGUCUUCCCUUUUCUUACCCGCCCUUUCCUCCAAGUCGUACCCCCUCAGACAACCAAAUAGCUGGCAGAACCAGGAGAGCGCUUGGCCCGGGCAGUUUCCUGGUGAUUUGGGGCUUCAGGACUGGGGGUGAGAGACGCGGCCGCCCCUGGGCCCCUCGUACCAAAGCCACUGGCCUUUUUUCAGCCUCUCUCGCUCUGGCUUUGUUCUUACUGACCAUAUUUUUGCCAAAAAUUGGGAUAUGUGGUCUGACAGACCGGAAUAUCUGAGGUUCGAGUGGCCUGGGACCCGGGACUCUGGUUGCCCCGUGCCGGUUUGGGGCACAGUAGUGUCCCCGCUGGUCUGGAUCCGGGGACACCUGUAUCCCUCCGCCUCCCUGGCUUGACUGAAGGAAAGCUUGAAAAGGCACAGAGCCCUUAUACCUCAUCUCCUGACGAGGCUCCCUGUCCCAGUGUGGGGGGCGGGGGCGGAGGCCGAGGGACCGCGGCGCAGCCCAGAGUCCGGGCGGGGGCCACCUUUCCAGACAUCUUCCUGGGCCGGGCGAUCUGGCAGCUCGCGCCCCUCCCCGCACGGGCGUGCCGUGUUCGCGUACUGAGUGUGCGGAGUCCUGGGCGCCACCUGCCCGAUAUGGGCUCCGGGCCGGGGCUCGUGCACACGCUCCUGGGGGGGGGGGCGCAGGCGGCCCCGAGGAGCUGGGGGUUCCCUGCCCCCCUCUCCUGGGACCCUCGCGUGUGAACUCUGCCUGCACGGUUGGAGCCAGCAUCUUUUGAGGCUGAGGUGGGCGGUGCUGGCCUCCGGUCUCCAGCACCUGGCUUUGUGUUGUGUUUGUGGUUCUGUUGCCCCUCUUUUAUCUGUUGCUAUUUUUGUGACGUCUACCCCCCCCCCCCGCGGCCGCCCCCCCUUCCUCCUCCAUCUUCGCCUUUUGUAAGUGGCUCCUGGGGAGGGGUCUGCGCAGUCUCUCCCUCUACACUAUUUGGAAGGGAGUGGCGUGGCAGAGAUGUGGUGGUGGGGGUCUUUUGUACGGUUGGAUUAAUAAAACGACUUGAAAAUCCA